AUAAUACGAUUCGUUUUUCCUUUCUUGGCAUAGUCGAUAUUACAGUGCAAUAUAUACCGACAUGUUCUUUAGUUUAUGCAGUUAUUCACAUUAGUAUAUGUAGUCUACGUCUGACGUUGUAUUCGUUGAGGCGUUGAUCUGACACUAGAUCGAGAUUUGGUGAAAUUAUAGAUUGUUGUAUAAAAAAUUUGGAUAUUCAAUCAAUUUUGAUAUCAUAUAUUCUAUUUAAGCUGCCGUUUAUUCUAUAAAUACAAAUAUGCCACGCGGAAAAUUUGUCAAUCACAAAGGUCGUAAUCGCCACUUUACGAAUCCCGAAGAAUUAGAAGAACAACGUCGCCAGGAAGAAGAAAAACGUCAAUGGAGAAAAAAUAAAGGUAAUGAGUCAUCUAGUGAUGAAGAAGUGGAACCUAAAGCACGUGGAAGUAGGAAUAAAUUAAAAAAUGUAAGUGCAUCUGAAACAGAUAGUGAAACUGAAUCGGAUUCCGAGUCGGAAACAGAGGGUAAGGCAAAAGGAGUUGAGAAUUUAAUUCAAGUGGAAAAUCCAAACAGAGUACAAAAGAAAGCAAAAAAGUUAUCACAACUCAAUCAAUCAUUAGACUCUGCAAAGCCCGAGUUAUCGCGGAAAGAAAAAGAACAAUUAGAAAAGCAGAGGGCCUAUGCAAAUUAUCAGAAAUUGCAUGCUGCAGGAAAAACUGAUGAAGCUCGAGCAGAUUUAGCACGAUUAGCAAUAAUUAAGCAGCAACGAGAAGAGGCUGCAAAACGAAGAGAAGAUGAGAAGAAACAAAAAGAAUUAGCACAACAAAAGAAAACUGAAUUGACACAAAAGGCACUGGGUAAAAGAACCUAGAUUAUUAAAAUCAUUCAAAUUAAGUUACAUCACUAUCUACAUGUUAUAUUGUGCUAAUUUCCUAUACAAUUGAAAUCCUACUUUCAUAUUAUUGAAAUUGGACUAAAUGAAUUUAAAUAAAUAUGUACUCUAAGUAUUUGAUGAGUAUGUCCUAAAUUGUAUAAAUACAGUUAUUAUAAUAUUUGAAAUUAA